UUGUGGCACGUGAAUACGACCUCUCUUUUACCUGUAUGCGUUUUCAUUUACUGCCCCUUUUACCGUCGUUGCCUCUCUUGUUAUUGUCGUUCCUUCGACCAACUGCCACACUGAUGAUGAUCAGCUGAAGUCUUAUAAUUCAUGAACCCAAGAAAACUAGUCCUGGUCUGGCCCCUAGUAAUGCGAGUUUAAUUGAAUGAAUCGCAUUGAGAACGCAAGAUUUUCACUUUUCUUUUAACCAUUCUUGGUUUCUGUCCCUGCUCAUCAAACCCAAAGCCACCUUAAGUUUCCUUUCAGGUCUCACUCCGCUCAACUCUUCCUAUUUGUUUUGCAUCUGAGCUCUGAACCCCCCACCCAGGAACCCUAACUCCCUUUUCGUCCACUGUGCAAAAUUAAGGCAAGAAAAUUUAGGAAGCCCAAGUGCUAGUAAGGUUCAUUUUUGUAUCUUUGAAUGUGAUGGGAGGCUCGGUAGACCAUAGUUCAGGAGAAGAUACUGAUAUAAGUGAAUCUGAAAUUGAAGAGUAUGAAGACAAAUCAUAUCAAGCAUUAAAGAGUGGAAAAAAGGAAGUUAAGGUAUCUGAUGGGGCUUUCACUUGCCCUUACUGCCCAAAGAAAAGAAAAGCAGAUUUCCUUUACAAGGACAUAUUGCAACACGCGAGUGGGGUUGGGAGUUCUACUUCAAAGAAGCGAAGUGCACGAGACAAAGCAAAUCAUCUUGCGUUGGCAAAAUACUUGGAGAAGGAUAUGUCGGUCACUGCUGGUCCAUCACAGGCUACAGUCGAGGUGGAUCCCCUAGCAGAUCAUGAUCGUGAUGAGAUGUUUGUGUGGCCCUGGAUUGGCAUUGUUGUUAAUCUUGCUACUGACUUCAAGGAUGGGCGCUAUGUGGGUAAAAGUGGUUCCAAUCUUAGGGAUGAGUUGACAAGCAGGGGUUUCAAUCCUACUAGAGUGCGCCCUUUGUGGAAUUACCAGGGCCAUUCAGGCACUGCUCUUGUGGAAUUUACCAAAGAUUGGUUUGGAUUUAAAAAUGCCAUGUCAUUUGAGAAAGCAUACGAGGCUGAUCGUCAUGGAAAGAGAGAUUGGAUGGCUAAUAAUACUCUAAAGUCUGAUCUUUAUGCUUGGGUUGCUCGUGUGGAUGACUACAAGUCUGAUGGCAUCAUUGGAGAGAACCUUCGUAAGAUUGGAGACAUUAGAACCAUCUCAGAUAUCAUUGAAGAGGAAGUUAGGAAGACAAGUAAGCUGGUGAAUAAUCUGACAAAUGUUAUUGAGGUGAAGAACAUGCAAGUAAAAGAGAUGGAAAGCAAGUUCCAGGAGACUGAGAGUUCUCUAGGCAUUUUAAUUGAAGAAAAGAAUAAGCUUCAUCAAGCCUACAAUGAAGAAUUAAAGAAGCUUCAAUCUACUGCUCGGGAGCAUUUCCAAAAGAUUCUCAGUGACCAUGAAAAGAUGAAGUCACAACUGGAAAACCAGAAAAAGGAACUUGAACUCCGGGGUAAACAACUGGAGCAACGAGAAGCUCAAAAUGAAAGUGAUAGGAAAAAGCUGUUAGAAGAGCUAGAAGAGAAUGCGGCCCAAAAUAGUUUAAUUGAUGCUGCAUCUGAGGAGCAAAGGAAAGUUGAUGCCAAAGUAUUGAAAUUGGCUGAAGAACAGAGGAAGCAAAAGGAAGAAUUGCUCAAUAGAAUUAUUCAACUGGAAAAAGAUCUGGAUACAAAACAAGCGUUGCAGCUAGAAAUUGAACGUUUGAAAGGUACAAUAAAUGUUAUGAAGCACAUGGGAGACGAAGGUGAUCUGGAAGUCUUGCAAAAGGCUGACUCGCUGAACAAGUUGUUGAGAGAAAAGGAAGGAGAACUUGAGGAUUUUGACAGGUUGAAUCAGACGCUGAUAGUUAAGGAACGGAAGAGCAAUGAAGAGCUGCAGGAUGCUCGAAAAGAAUUGAUUAAUGGCUUGAAAGAAUAUCCUAAUUCAGCAUAUAUUGGUAUAAAGAGAAUGGGUGAACUCGACAAUAAACCAUUUUAUGAAGCCAUGAAGCUAAAAUAUAAACAUGAAGCAGAUGCCGAGGAAAGGGCUUCUGAACUGUGCUCAUUGUGGGAUGAGUACCUUAAAGAUCCUGAAUGGCAUCCUACAAAAGUCAUACUUGUUAAUGGGAAACAUGAGGAAGUAAUAGAUGAAGAUGAUGAAAAGCUGAACGACCUGAAAGAAAAGUACGGCCAUGAAGUUUACAAAGCAGUGACAACAGCUUUCAUGGAGAUAAAUGAGUACAACGCAAGUGGGAGGUAUAUUACUUCGGAAUUGUGGAACUACGCUGAAGGUAGGAAAGCUACUUUGAAGGAAGGAGCUGCGUUUCUGCUGAAGAAAUGGAAGCUGCACAUGGAAAAAAUGCAGAGAUAGACCCGACCGAUUGAAAGUUGUGAUUUGUCUGACAAUUGGGAAACUGUUGUGCCUUAAUUUAUUCAGUCUUCUUGACCAUGUAAAACCCAACUUCUAAUGACCAAAUAAUUGAACUUUCAUGCACGGUUGCGUGCAGUCUGCUCAUCAUCUGUUACUUCUUGUUUUAUCGUGUAAGAUGAUUUAUGAAGAGCAAUUCAAGGACCACAUUCAAAAUA